UUUUAGAGUUGGUCGUCUGCGGUUAAACACAUCACACACUACUGGUCUUCCUCACUUGUGCGCGCUCCACGACGCGCGCCGGAGCAGAGGAGCACUGGAGCAGAGAGACGCGCGAGGAGGGAAGAGCAAGCUGAUGUUACACUACAGGAAACAGCUUAGCUGAUCUUAAUGACUAAAUGCUUCUUAUUGCAGUUAUAUAGCCUUUAUUUAUUUUUUUAUGGAGACGAGACAUGACCAUUACGCGCUUGCUUGUUUUGUAGCCUUGAUAAGUGAUUUAGCAGGUUUUAGAUACUUUACCUGUUUGGACUACCAUCCCUGCCAAGUAAUGACAGGUUAGCAACUCAACUUUGGACUUAAUGCGUGUGUAAUCACUUCUCUGCACCCGGCUGAUUACUUAUCAUAAUAACUGACUCUUUUACAAUGAUCGCUGAAGGUCAGGUUUUAGCGCGACGCACUUGUCCCCAUACUGAAUGUUUUUUUUCUUUUGCGACCCUGACUUGAUUUACAGAUAACAUCUGAACUUAUUAAACCGGGAUUACAGUGAUGAUAUUCACAAGUGGGUUUUGAUCGCAAGCCUACUUUUGGUCCACUUUAAAGCCAUGACAAACCGGACCAUGACUUGGGCAAAACUUUGCAGUGCGCUCUCUCGGGUCAUCUAGUCAGAAAAGUGUUUAAUCUUAUGUAGUCUGAAGAAGAUGUUAGGAAGUCCGUCCAACAACGGCGGUAUCAGAAUGCUGGUGCCCCCGGCUCAGAACGACGACAGGCGGGUAGAGUUCGUGGCUCUCACCGCUGUUCACACGGAGAGGAGCGAGCCGUCCACACCGGAGCGCGGACACCCGUCUCACCGCACAGGGCUCCUGGGCACCCCGCUGCCCGGCCCGCCGGGACCGAGAGCCAACUCAUCCGCUUCGAGCAAACGCUUCAGAAAGUUGCAGAACUGUCUCUACAACGUGCUAGAAAGACCAAGAGGAUGCGCCUUCAUCUACCACGCUUUCAUUUUCCUCCUGGUGUUCAGCUGUUUGGUGCUGUCCGUGUUCUCCACCAUCCCCGACCACCAAAAGUUUGCGAACCAAGGCCUCUUCAUCCUGGAGUUUGUGAUGAUCGUGGUGUUUGGGUUGGAGUACUUCAUCAGGAUCUGGGCGGCUGGCUGUUGUUGCAGAUAUCGGGGAUGGCAGGGGCGGCUGAGAUUUGCCAGGAAGCCCUUCUGUGUCAUAGACUUCAUAGUAUUUGUGGCUUCCCUGGCAGUGAUAGCAGCCGGUACGCAGGGGAACAUCUUUGCCACGUCAGCCCUGCGCAGCAUGCGAUUUCUGCAGAUCUUGCGUAUGGUUCGUAUGGACCGACGGGGAGGCACCUGGAAACUUCUGGGCUCAGUUGUUUACGCUCACAGCAAGGAGCUGAUUACAGCGUGGUACAUCGGUUUCCUGGUCCUGAUCUUUGCCUCCUUUCUAGUCUACCUGGCAGAGAAAGACAUCAACUCAGACUUCAACACCUAUGCAGACUCCCUCUGGUGGGGGACUAUUACUCUAACCACUAUCGGCUACGGUGAUAAGACCCCUCGUACCUGGCAAGGACGGCUCCUAGCUGCCGGCUUCGCUCUGCUGGGAGUUUCCUUCUUUGCCCUGCCUGCUGGAAUUCUGGGAUCAGGCUUUGCUUUGAAGGUUCAGGAGCAGCACCGACAGAAGCACUUUGAGAAGAGGAGGAUGCCUGCUGCCAACCUGAUACAGGCUGCAUGGCGUCUCUACUCCACAGAUGCCAAACACUCCUAUCUAACAGCUACAUGGUACUUCUAUGACAGCAUGCUGCCUUCGUUCAGAGAACUGACGCUCCUGUUCAGUCAUCUCCAGCGACAACGUAACAACAAGAAGGUUCUCCACAACUCCUACCACGCGCUGCUGUCUGGGCUGCGGCCCUACAGCUCCCCCUACCUUUCGGGGGACAGCAGUAAAAUGGGAUUCCGGGAUCGGAUCAGGAUGAACAAUUCCAGAUCGUCCCAAACCCUUAAGAACAAGGCGUCUCCACUGCCCCCGGGCUCAGGUGUCCGCUGCUCUCCCAGCCAGGAGAACGUCCAAGAGGCCACCAGCCCGGGGAAGGUCCAGAAGAGCUGGAGCUUUAACGACCGCACGCGUUUCCGCACCUCGCUUCGACUCAAACCACGCCCACCUGUCGACGUGGAUGGUGUCGGUGAGGACAGUAUGGAGGACAAACCAUAUUGUGACGUGGCCAUGGAAGACAUAAUCCCUGCAGUGAAGACUCUCAUACGCGCUGUCAGGAUCCUGAAGUUCCUUGUGGCCAAGAGGAAGUUUAAGGAGACGCUGCGCCCGUAUGAUGUGAAGGACGUCAUAGAGCAGUACUCUGCAGGACACCUGGACAUGCUGGGACGUAUUAAAAGCCUGCAGAUGAGGGUCGACCAGAUAAUUGGGCGAGGAGCCGUCCAGCCUGAUAAGAAGGCUCGUCCUGAAAAGGGAGAGAAGACACCGCCAGAACUGGACCCACUGGAUGAGCUGAGCAUGAUGGGCCGUGUAGUCAAGGUGGAGAAACAGGUCCAGUCUAUAGAGAACAAGCUGGACCUCCUUCUCAACUUCUACUCCCAGUGCCUAAAGAAAGGCUCCUCCAACGUCACGCUGUCCUCCCUCCUGGACCCGGACCUGACAUCCGACUACCACAGCCCCACGGACCAAAGAGACCUCUUCCCCUCCGCAAACACACUCAACAUCUCCAUGUCAGAGAGCGGAAACUUGGAAGGACAUUGACCUGAGCAGUCUUUGGGGCUGUUUGAAUACAAACCCUUUACAGAACGUCCUCCUGCAGCUGAGGCCUCAAAUGUCUGCUCUUCACUUGAUUUCAUAUCAGUCUGGGAUAUGUCUUUUUUCUUUUCAUACCUCCUCUCUCUACCGGAGUGAAUGUGUUGCCAGAGCUGAUACAGAAAGAGGCCACUAGAGGGCUUCACCUGUGAAGGAGCCUCAGCCAAAGCUGACCACACAUAAGCCUCUCAACUGAACAUGAGAAGACAUUAAAGACUUGAACCACUACUGAACCACUUUCACCCACCAACCUCAUUAUAUCAUUAUAAUGUGUAUUUACAUAUAUAUAUAUGUUUAUAUGUAUAUAUGUAUAUUUAUAUAUAUAUGUUUAUAUGUGUAUAUAUAUAUAUAUAUAUAUAUAUAUAUAUAUAUAUAUAUAGAUAUAGAUAUGGAAACCUUUGGCUGUGGCUUUUUGUAAUUUUUGAAGAACAUCUUCCCCCAUUGUCAUUUCUUUUUUUCUUGGCUGCUUGAAUGAACUGACUAAGAAUUGCCCACUUUGUGAUGUGAAUGAUGACAUGGGUUCCUUGCUCAACUGUGCAUUCAUACUGUAAAAUAAGAAUUUUAAAGAAAGUGCAGAAGAAUCCCUCAACAUGGGCCUCUGCCCCCUCAGACUUGGACAGGCAGACUGGACACACACACACACACACACACACACACACACUGACCGAAUCAACCAAACCUCCAAAGCAAUACAACUUGCAUCCCAAAACAAGUGCUUUUUAAUGUUUUUAUCCAGAUUUGAGUGACCCAAACUUGUAAAAUGCAAGCAGGAAAAAUGUGUUGAAGCGGCUGAUGUGUACAGUGUUUUGUCUUUGGUCUCAUCUUUUAUGUUUCCAACAAGCCCACAUGCAAAAAAAAGGGAUGCUAUUCCCCAUUUGCCCGAUCAUUUGAGUCCUAUUUAUUUAGGAUAUAAUAGAGUUAAAUGUACUUUCACAGGUCCAAAAUCCUUUCUUCGCUUUGUUUAAAGGCUACUUUUGCUUUUUAGUACUUCAGUAACCUUUUCAUAAAGACACCCAUUAAGCCUCUCUGUCUUGCAGCCUGUCCUCCAGAUUUGCAUGUCCCAUGAACUAGUUCUGUAGAUAAAACCUUACUGAUCCUUCGUCAGAAUUUUGACAUUCAGAGAUCCAGCCUAAUAUUCAUCACAACCUUUCUCUUAGUCUACUGCAGUCACCACCUGUAGAGACUCCUCGGCCAGUUUUGUGCAAUUUUGAUUCCAUAAACAAAACUGUAAGGCUUCCUGGUCUAAUGCAUGAACUCCAGGCCUUUGUCCUCAUGAAUGCAAAAGUCUUAGGAAGUGGAUCCAGUCUUACAGCUUCAAAAAAUUUGCAAGGAUUCAACUAUCCUUUCCAGUCCUUUUUAAUCAAAUUUGUGGUUCUUUCCUCAAGAUUCUUGAUGCAAAUCUGUGCUUUUGGACAAAACUGGAGAGUGCAAAAUGCACAAACACACACACAAAAUACACAUUGAAAGCAAUUGCUUUACUUAAGUUCUUUGGCACUUGAUAUAAAUGACAUGUUUUUGUCUUUGUUUUGAUUGUUUACUGUAAUUCUGUUCAUGCACUCAAUUCUGUGUAACCUAUGAUAGUAAAAAUGUUUUUUAUGAUAGAUGGUUUAUGAAUGAUUUUGGUUAUUAAAGUGAAUGUAGGAUUAUAAAUAAUAUAUUUAAAUAAGUCAAAUAUGAUCUUUUAAUAAAUGUAGUAUUUUUUGUCAAGUUGAAUCAUGGUUGAUGACACAACUUUAACCACACACAGCUGAUCCGACUCACACAAAGAGAUGUCUGUCUUUAAUGUCAGCAACAAAUCAUUGUGCUGCAUUUGGCCAGAGAAAACAUUUCUUCUGCCCCUGCAAGUGAUUCAUUUAAUUGAAUCAGUCAAGCCAGUUGACUCAGGAGCUCCACUUUUCCAUUAUAAUCAGAACUAAACUUCAUAGCUCAGUCUAUUUAGAUCUAUGUAUGAUCAGAGAGUUGGCAUUAUGUCAUUUCUGAAUGUUUUCCAAACAAAAUAAUAGAUGGCUUUGGCCUACAUUAUAGAAGAGAUGCUUACCAAUCAGAGGCAUUAUUAGAUAUGAUGUCAUUGUCAUUUGAAAUGUCGAACUUCAUCAAAAUGUAUGGCAGUUUGCAUGUUGUUGUCAGUGUUGGCCCCAGUAUUAGAGGAAUAAAACAACGUUAGGAUGUCUCCUGUAAAAGUCUCGAGUCAAAACAUGAAAGAAAAUGACCUGUGCCUUCUAUUUCCUCGUUCUAAAAUGUUUAGUUCACAGAAUAGCCAUGCUUUUUUUGAUCUUUUCUAGAUCUAAAAUCAAAAAUUGUUUCAAAACGUGAUUUCUAAGGUACAAGUCUUAAAUGAAUGCUGCAAUCUUUGAUAUUUUCUGAGAAUAUUCUCUGUGUUCUGUGACUCUACCGGGACCUCCUUGCAUCAACACCCUCACUGUACCUAAACACCAGGAGGCAUGAACAUCUGUUAGCUCUGCGGGCAUGUGUGUCCCUUCAUAAGCAUGUCACCUUAGAGAAAUAUGGCUUCCAUACAACUACCUCUAGGGGGAGCUAGUCUAGAAACCCAAGUAUGAAAACCAGUAACUGAUUGUCUCACCGACUGAAUGCUACAGUAUGCAUGCCUCGAUGUGCACGUUCUCCUCUUCUCGCUGUUAAUCUUCAUGAUGUCUAUCCAUGAUUCAUUGACUUGCUGCCAUUUUGACAUUCCAGCUCGUUGCCCUUUAACCGCUCUUGUAGGUUUUUGAAAUAGUUGUUAAAAUGAAACAAAAACUGAUCAAAGCAAUAAGCAAACCCAACAGAGUCUUCCAAUUUUAAGUCAUUUAGCCGUUGAAUAACUUUGGAGCUUAUCUUGUUUUCUAGUCUAAUGUACACCUGUAUUGGAUCUUUAAAGAGAUAUGAAAUAUGUGUCUGCAGUUAGAAAUAGCUCAAAUUACUAACUUAUUAAUUUAUUUGUUUUAAUAAAGCUCUUUGGACUGUA